AUGUUUUCACAAGCUUGGUCGUCUAUCACGUCAGAUAAAUCAUUGGGGUUUGUUAUUAAUAAGGAAAAAAGUGAAUUAAUUCCGUCUACUAUUUGUCAAUUCUUAGGGUUUAGGUUAGAUUCUCGGGCAAUGACCUUAGAAUUAACGCAAAAAAAGAGAGAGCAUAUUUUAGAACUGAUUAAAAAAUUUAAAAUAUUGGACUCUUGUGUAAUACGGGAUUUUGCUUAUAAUAAAUAA